AUGGCUUAUGGUAUAUAUGAUGAUCUUAAUCCAUUUGUUUCUUUUGAUGAUUAUUAUUGUCAAUUACGUUCUUAUAUUAAUUAUGUUUUUAUUUGUGCUUUUUAUUAUUCAUGUAUGUUACAAGCAACAUUUCGUUUAUGUCGAGUUGUCUUUCAAAAACGAAAAGUUUUACAAUCACGAAUCGUUUUCACAAUAGCAAUAAUUAUACAAUGGCUUAUAUCAAUUUUGUAUAUACUUUCAUAUCUUCUUUUACAUGAUUUUCAAUAUCAUCCUGAUAUAAGUAGUUGUUGGCUUUCUUUUAAAAAUAUUCGUGGUCUUGCCAUAGCUCUAUUAUUGGUAUAUGGUAGUCCUCUAAUUGUAAUGACUCUAAUAUAUAUUUGUAUAGUUCGAUUUGUUCGUCACACCAUUCCUACUCAACAAAUACGACAAAACGCAAAUAAACGAGAUUUACUUAUUGUUAAGCGUAUUAUUAUUCUUGUUUGUAUUGCUAUGGCCAUUGGUAUACCAACAAUAUUCCUUUUGAUUAUCUACAUUUUAACCAAUUAUUUAACUCCAUUAGCUUAUCAUAUUCAAGCAUUAAGUUUAACAGGUGGUCUUGCUGCCGCAUCAAUUGCUAUGGGAUUCAUAACACCACAAGUACGAGAUAUAUUUAAAGUGAAACGACAAACCAAUCCUAUUAUCGCUGUUGAAAUUGCUUUAGAACGAAAAGAAACAACUUGUAAAAACACAUGA